AUGCUGCUCGACCCCAGCACACUGUCGGCCGAAACCCUGGCACGAGCCUCCGUUAUCUUCAGCGUGUUCGUGCUGUUGUUGUUCUCGUCGCUGACCUCGAUUCACGUUCUGCUCAGCAACCGCAACCUCAAUGAAGUCACCGGGUUUUAUAUGGUGAGGUUUUUUGAGUUUAUGGUACUUUUUAUAGCUAGUAUGCAGGGCCGGGCGGGGUCUUUUGGUCUGAGGGCGGGGGUCGAAAAAAUCGGCACAGCGUUAAGUGUGCCGAUUUUCUGCAGAAAAUUUUUUUUGAAAAAUCCACAGGGGGGAGGGACCACGUUUAACUUUUUUCAAAAAGUUUUUUUCAUGUAAAAUUUAAAAAAAAAUUUAUUUAGCCGUCCGUAGACGAAAAUGCUCCGUAGAGACACCUUACAUAUCAAAAUGAAAAAACAUUUUUAAAAAUUCUUUUUUUUAAUUUAAAAUUUUUUUUUAAUUUUUAAUUUAAUUUUGAAAAAAAAAUUUUUUUUGCCAAAUUUUUCAAAAAAUUUAAAAAUGACAUCACUGAGACUCUAAAACAGGAAAACCGUUUAGUUCCAGGCCGUCAAUUCGUUAGGUUUUUGCUAAUUUGAAAAGAAGGCCGCUUAAUGAAAGCGACAACUCUUUGAUGCUGCUAAUUUAAAACUCAAAUAUGCAUUUUUGAAUUCAUUUUUGUUGCAAAUUGUUUAUGAGAUACUGUUAGUAAGAAGGCAUAGUGCUGAAUAAGAGGCAGGAAAUUCAAAAAAAAAAUUUUUUAAAUUAACAAAGUUUCAUUUUUUGAAAAUUCUUUUAUAUACGGGGUAGAGGGGUGAGAAUUUUUUUAAAACUUAAAUACUUCCCCUUAGGUAAUAUACAUAAUUUUUAGAUAUAAAAACAUUUUAAUCUUCGUCAUAGGUUUAAAAAACCAGGUUUUAUACCUAAAAAUAGCAAAAAAACUUAAAAAAUAGUAAAUAUUAACAAUGAAAGUACCCAACCUACCUCCCUCAAUAUCAAAACAAAAUUUUUAUAUAAAUUUUUUGUACCACUAAUAGUACUUAUAAAAAAUUUUAGUUUGCGCUUUUGAGUUUUAAAUUUUAAAUGUUUGAAUUUCUCGUCAAUUUGUUACAUUUGGCAUUCCGUUUCAAACACUUUUUUCGAUUUUCUAGCCAAGCUACACUUAAAAAUUAAAAAAUGUAGCUGCAUUUAAAUGUUUUUACUAGUAUAUUAAAGAAAAAUUGUUAAAAGUCAGAAAAAUAGCAUAGUUAUAAAUUUGAAACACAAUGCCAAUUUGGCGGGAAAUUCAAAACGUAAUUUUUUGAUUUUGCUUUUCUUGAGAUUGACUUGAAAAAGCGGUAUAGUACAUUUCUUAAAGGACCAGUUCGCCCAUUCAAAUAUCAUUGGCAUUCUGUCGCAAAAAUUCGACGUUCAUUUUUUUUUGCAAAAAACCUGAGAAGGUCGGUCUCAAAUUGGAAAAUUCAUUUCGACACCGACCCACUCACGUUUUUUGAGAAAAAUGAUUUUGAUUGAAAUUGGUUUUCGACGCUUUUUGCGACAGAAUGCCAAUGAUAUUUGAAUGGGCGAACUGGUCCUUUAAGGUCUUAUAUUUACAUGAUAUUUCUAUAUAAAAAGUUUGAAGCCAGUCAGAGCUAGGCAGGUCGGGUACUUUCUUCGUAAUUUACAUGCCUGAAUAUAACAAAAGACGUAAAAUAAUUAAAAAAUCAAUUUUUUAAAAAUUUUUUUAAAUUUCAAAUUAUAAACCAUUUAAACCUUCAGAUAUCCUUGGCAUUUGGAGACUUUCUCUGGGCCGUCAUGAUUGUCCCACUGUCAUUCUACAGCUCGCUGACUCCAAAUUGGAGUUUUAUGGGCGACGACUCGGCUCUCUGUAAGUACUCUGCCUAUCUACAAAUCAUCAUAAUGACAUCAACUAUGUAUACCUUCGGGUGGAUAUGUGUUGAUCGGUAUUCUGCCUUCAUGAAGCCUUCGAAAUACGAGAGUGAACAAACUAUAACACGAUGUAAAUGUUGGAUUACGUUGACCUGGGUUACGGCGAUUUUGACUGCUUGCCCGGUUAUUGUGGCUAAAAUGGAGGUAGGGUGGAUUGAAAGGGGUUUUUGGGUAGGUUGGGUAAUUUUUUAGGUAUAGGGGGUGUUUUAUUUGAAUUCAGAGAUAUCGUUUUAUGAUAUAGUCAAAGGAUUUGUCUUUAUUUGAUCAAAGACGAGAGAUAACGCAAAAAGAAGAGAGACAACCUCAAUAACAAAGAAAGCCUCAAAAAUUUAAAAAAUUAAAAAAUUUUAAAUUUCAAAAACUAAAAAUGGAUAAAAACCUUAAACAUUCCAUUUUCAGGCCAACUACUAUCAAGAAUUUGAAUUUUGUGUGUUAAACUGGUCGUCAGCUGCCGCUUACAGUAUAACCUUGCUCGUACUCGUGCUGGUGCCUUCGGUUGGGACCAUGUUAUUCACGGCCUGCUCAAUCUUUUCGGCAAUGAAAAAGCCGGAAGAGGUAGGGUUUUAAAAGUGCAUUCGACUAGAAACGAUUCUGGGUAAUUUUCCCGAAAAUUGUAAUUGAGUGCAGCAUGCGCCCGAAGGAGUGCAGGCUGCGGAGGGGAAAGGGAAAAAUUAAUGGUUUUAUCGUAAAAUACGGAGUCUUGGACGUUGUUACAUAAUAAAAAUUCUGGGUGAAAAUAACAAUUUUUAUUAAAAUCUUUUUUCUUUACAAUGUAAUUAAAAAAAAAAUUUUUUUUAAGUUUUAAAAAUUAUUUUAGCUCGAAGACAUUCAACGAACAGCCCUAGAGACCGACCAGAACUUUGUAGUGACAUUAUUUGUUGUAAUAUCAUUCAUCCUUGCAUGGUGCCCAAUUGUUGCCGUUCAUUUCGUACCAGAAAGCCUAUUACAUCCAGCAGACACAGCUACAAUCAAGUUCGCCCUAAUCUGGCUAGCCAUCGGAGGUCAAAGUUCGAAAUGGCUGAUCUACAUGUUCACAAAUCGAGAAUUCCGUCGCCACUUCUGUAUCCCAUGCCUCGGCAAAGACAUUGACGACCCGAUGGAUUCGGAAGCCGAGAUCCACAGUCCAGGCUGUCUGAAAAAGCUGUUCUGUCUACCGUGCUACUUGAUGAGUAAGCGAGAGCCGGUUCGAGUGGUUCACCAUCGCUCAUCGAUGAUUCCACAGCCAGUUCAGCGGGUCUCGGCCGCUCAAAUGGCUAGGACGGCGUCGUUGACACCACAUAUGCAUCAGAGUUAUAGCUAUUACAAUGGCAGUAAUGGGGCUAGUCCAUCGAUGGUUAUAGCGCCGAAGAGGCAGUUAGAAUAUGGCAGUUUUGCUCAAAUUCCAGCUGGAUUUUAG